AUGGAUAAAUCUUGGACUUCUUGGAGAAAACGUGGUAAAGAAUAUUGGGAGUGUCUACAAGCAUUUUUGGCAAUGGCUUCAGCAUAUAAAAAUUCCGAUGGAAAAAUUAGGUGUCCGUGUGUUAGAUGCUUAAAUACUCGAUUUGAGCCUUUAAAUAUUGUAGAAGCUCAUAUAUUUGAUUGGGGUUUUGAUAAUGGUUAUCAAAAGUGGAUUUAUCACGGGGAGCCAGAAGUAGAAGUGCCACGAAAUGAAGUUUCACGAAAUGAAGUUCUUGAGUCAAUUUUAGAUGAUGAAGAUGACGAGAUGAUUCCCAUCAUUGAAGAUUUUAUUCGACCAACAACUGAAGAAGUGCAAACCAACCCCGACUCUUUUCAGUAUUAUGAUGACUUAUUUGAAGAGAUUGAAGCUGAAUUGUACCCUGGAUGCCAUUGGAUUUCUUCACUUAACUUUCUGGCAAAGUUAUUGCAUCUGAAAGUUCGUGGAAAAAUACCUAUUAGCGUAUUUGAUGAAUUAUUGAAAUUGUUGAACCUUGCUUUUCCAAAAGGAAAUAAAGUUCCAUCAACAUACUACGAGGCUAAAAAGAGACUGAAAAAACUAGGGUUGGGGUAUGAGUCAAUUCAUGUGUGUGAGCAUGAUUGCUGCUUAUUCUAUAAAGAGCAUGCAACCAAAGAUGCUUGUCCAAUUUGUGGAAGUAGUCGAUGGAUUACUUCAACAAAAACUAAUGGAAAAAAAGUGCCUCGUAAAGUGUUGCGCUAUUUUCCGUUGACACCAAGGUUGAAAAGAUUAUAUGGUUCAAGACAUACAGCAAAAUAUAUGGUAUGGCAUCAUACUGGAAAAUCUAAGGAUGAACGACUGAUGCGUCAUCCGGUUGAUGGAUUAGCUUGGAAGGACUUUGAUGCUAAACAUCCUAAUUUUGCCAGUGAACCUAGAAAUGUUCGCUUAGGUUUAGCUGCUGAUGGGUUUAAUCCAUUUGGCAACAUGAGCCUAGCUUACAGUAUGUGGCCUGUUGUGUUAGCGAACUAUAAUCUUCCACCUUGGAUGUGCAUGAAAGACAAUAAUUUCAUGUUGGCUCUACUUAUUCCUGGACCAAAAUCUCCAGGUAAAGACAUGGAUGUAUUUUUGAGACCGUUGGUGGAUGAGCUGAAAGAGUUGUGGGUUGAUGGAGUUGAUACGAGAGAUUGUACGACAAACACUAUGUUCAAAUUGCGUGCAGCCCUUUUAUGGACUGUUAAUGAUUUUCCUGCUCGAAGUAGUUUGUCUGGUUGGAGUGGUCAAGGAUACAAAGCUUGUCCAACAUGUAACGAAGACACUACUUCAAUACGAGUAAUUGGCAAGACAUCUUAUGUAGGUCACAGAAGAUUCUUGCCCAGUAAUCAUCGAUUUAGAAGGGACACCAACUUUGAUGGAGAAAUUGAAAGAAGACAUCCACCGAGACGUUUUACUUAUGAGGAAAUUCUGGAACAAGUAAACAAACUUGUGCCACAAAUUCCAGGCAAACAUGAGCAAUUUGGAGGUGUGAAACGCAGACGUGUUGCAGAAGAUCAAAAUUGGAGGAAAAAAAGUAUCUUCUAUGAGCUUGAGUAUUGGUGUACAAAUACUUUGAAACACAAUAUUGAUGUGAUGCACGUUGAGAAGAAUGUGUGUGACAGUCUGUUGGGCACAAUCUUGGACAACGAUAAAUCGAAAGACACAACUAACGCGAGACAUGAUUUGAAGAAAUUAGGAAUAAGGGAAUGGUUGUGGAUUUAUGAAGAUGAUAAUGGCAAGUUAAUGAAGCCACACGCCCCGUAUGUCCUCAAAGCUGACGAAAAAUUGAAAUUCUGUCAAUUUAUCAAGGACGUGAAGUUUCCUGAUGGAUUUUGCUCAAAUUUGAAGAAGAAAGUGAGCAAUGAUUUAUCAAAUGUUCUUGGAUUGAAGUCUCACGAUUGUCAUGUAAUUAUACAAAGAUUAUUGGCAAUUGGUGUUCGUAAGUUUCUCCCUAAAAAUGUAUCGACAACUAUUGCUGAAUUAUGCAACUUUUUUAGGCAAGUAUGUGCUAGAACCAUAAACUUUAAAGAUAUGGAGGAAGCACAAAAAGACCUAAUUUUGAUAUUGUGUAAGUUGGAGUUGAUUUUCCCUCCAGCUUUUUUUGAUAUCAUGAUUCAUUUGGUCUUACAUUUGCCUGAAGAAGCAAUUUUGGGUGGACCUGUGUUUAUGAGAUGGAUGUACCCUUUUGAGAGGUACAUGAAAAAAUUGAAGAAUUAUGUUGGAAAUAAAGCUCGUCCCGAAGGGUCAAUAGCUGAAAGCUAUGUUGCAGAUGAGGCAUUGACGUUUUGCUCUAUGUAUUUUAAGGGGGUAGAAACCAAAUUUAACCGACUUGAUCGCAAUGAAGAUGAAGUGAUUCCUAGAAUUCUUACCGUCUUCCAAUCACAAUGUCAUCCCUUAACAAGAGCAAAUAUAAUGCCUCUAGAUAGAAAGACUCGUGAAAAUGCUGAGUGGUUCAUCUUUGACAAUUCACCUGAAAUAAGACCAUAUUUAGAUGAACACUUAGAAGAGAUAAAACUUCAGUACCCAGAUGGAGAUCAUAACAUCUUACACAAAAAGUUUUUCCAACGAUGGUUUCAUAAGAAGAUCUAUGAUUUAAACAAGCUUGGAUCAUUGGAGAAUGGUGAAGAGUUGCUAGCUUUAGCAUGUGGUUCAGAUCACUUAGUAACAUAUUAUGAAGGUGUUGUAGUGAAUGGCGUUCGUUACAUGGUAGCUGAACGUGACAAGAAGCGUACUACUCAAAAUAGCGGUGUCUCUGUGGCGGGAACAGAAGGAUUCAAUUAUUAUGGAACCCUAGAAGAUGUGAUGAUGUUCACUUUUUGUGGUGUGUAUUCAGUGACAUUAUUUCGGUGUAAAUGGUUCAAUACCAAUCCACAGAGGAAGAAAACAAUCAUUGAGAAUAACAUCAUUAGUAUCAAUGUUAGUGGUGAAUGGUACAAAGAUGACCCAUUUAUACUUGCUACUCAAGCUAAGCAAGUAUUUUACCUCGAUGAUUUGCUUAGAGGUAGACAUUGGAAAAUAGUCGAGAAUGUAAACCACCGACAAAUUUGGGACAUUGAGGAGGAUGAAGAUGAUGAAGAUGUUGUACAUGAUUUAAGCUCCUCAAAUUUUCGGUUGACUGUGGAUAUAGGAGAGUUAAUUUUGCAACCUGCUGAUGUAGCAACAAUAAUUGAUCCUACACAAAAUUUGAAUGUAAAUCAACCUGAUGAAAAUGUUGUGGAUGGUGACGUUGAUGAUGUAAUAGAUGACGAAGUAGGCGAGUUGCUAAUUGAUCGAUGUGAAGACGAUAUUGAUUCUGAAAAUGAUGAGUGUGAUAGUGACUAUUAG